GGCCGCGAGCAGGCAGCGUGCGGCGGGUCCAGCCGCCCGCCCGCCCGCCCGCCCGCCCGCCCGCGUCGUCACCAUAGCGCGCCGACCUGUGGCGGCGCGGCUGAGCCCCGCGGAGGGAGGGAGAAAGGGAGGGAGCCGCCAGACACGGCGGGGGAGGGGAGCGGCGGUGGCGCAAGCCGCGCGGAGCAGCGCUGCCCCGGUCUACUGCUGCGUGGCUGCGUGCUCCCGACCCGGCCGUCCGAGCCCGCGGGCCGCGCGCGCGCUUCCGAGCGGCCCGAGGAGUCCAUGGUGCCGAACUUAGCGGCGGACUGACGGAGACCGGGCCUCCUGCGCUGGCGCGGCCGCCGGAACGACGCCCGGACCUCGGCCUGAGGAAACUCCUUCACAAGGAGAGAUGAAGAAGAAAUCUGUACAUCAUCAGAAUGUGGGUGAUCAGGAGUCUGAAGAUAUGGAAGGUGAAGAAAACAGAAAUAAUGCUGAUACCUCUGGCUUACUGUACAGUGAAGCAGACAGAUGUCCAAUAUGUCUUAGUUGCCUUUUAGGGAAAGAAGUUGGUUUUCCAGAAAGUUGUAAUCAUGUCUUCUGUAUGGCCUGUAUUCUUAAAUGGGCAGAGAUAUUGGCUUCUUGUCCAAUCGAUCGGAAACCUUUUCAGGCAGUGUUUGAACUCAGUGCAUUUGAAGGUUGUGCUAAGAUUCAAGUAAAAAGAUGGCUGAGAGAAAUAGACAACAAGGAAAAUGAAAGGUCUUUUAAGAAACAACUUUUUUAUCAUGACAGUUCCAAAAGCGACAAAAGAAAAAGAAACACCAUAAGAGAAGAUCUAUCAUGUGAAAGGUCUGAUGACUUGAAGGUGUUGUAUAGAAACUUUUCAAACAGUAAAAUGGGUGGAAAGAAAAAUGCUACAGCAAAGACAAAUAAGGUUCAAAGAUCAAAUCAGUGUACAGAGUCUUGUAUCAAAAAUGACAUGUCCGGUGUGUUUUCAUGUGGCAGCCACAGUUGGGGACCUCACACCGACAGAGCUUCCUGUACAGAAUCUAUAGAAGUCAAUGAAAUCAGUGCAUUGAUGAGGCAGAAACGACAGGAACUGGAGUUGUCAUGGUUUCCUAAUACAUUACCUGGAAAUGGAAGAAUUGGCUCUGUACCUUUGAGUGUGGAGACAGCAGUUCUUCCUCUGGUUUCCUCAGUGUUGCCAAGGAUGAUUUUUCCAGCAAGUACCAUGUCACUAGAAAAUUUUGGAACUUCUCAUAAGGGAUAUGCAUUAGCACAUACCCAAGGAGGAGGAGAAAAAAAGCAAACUUCAGGCACAUCAAACACCAGAGGAUCAAGACGAAAACCUGCAGCAACUGCUCCUACAAGGAGGUCCACACGAAACACACGAGCUGAGACAGUCAGUCAGUCCCAGAAGUCCCCAGUGUCAAACUACUCUGAGUGUGAUGCCCCAGGAAAUAGUAAUUCCUCUGUAAGUAUUUCCUCUCCAGCUGAACCAGAAAAGCAAACAAGACAGGCUCCAAAACGAAAGUCCGUAAGGAGAGGAAGAAAACCACCUUUACUGAAAAAGAAACUUCGAAAAUCUGUACCUCCUGCUGAAAAAACAACAUCUAGUGAUUCCGUAGAGGAAGAGACUGUGGACUCUGACACUCCACCUGUGUUGGAGAAAGAGCAACAGUCGUGUGUAGAAAGUAGUAGCAUUUGCUCUGUGCAGACAGAUGAAGAGAAUCAUUUGGCUCAGUGCAGUGAACAAACACAAGAAAAUGAACAAACCAAGAAUCAUGAGAUCGAGGAACAAACAGAAAUUUUAAAUUCUGAAUCUUGCACUCAGUAUCCUCCUGUGCUUGUUGGAGAGGAUACAGGGAUAGAGGCUAAGGAGUUAUGUAUAGACCGUGAUAUUUCUACUGAUGCUUCUCUAAGAGGAAAGGAUCCAUUAGAAAAUCAAGAGCAGGUGUCUGGAGGCUCAGAGUCAGAGGUACAGGCACUUGCAUGUACAGAGAGUCCUCCUGAAGAUUUUCCUACAUGUCCACCUUCUGACAUUGAAGAACACCAACCAGUGUCCAGUCCCUUGGGUGAAGUAUCUGAUAACACUGCACCAGUUGUUAGUGAUGAAAGAACAGAGGAGAGUCUCAUAGUAGAAAGUACUGAUUUGAAUAAUUCUGCAGUAAACACAGAAGCAUUUGUAGAGAGCCCCAAAAUGGAAUCUUCUGAAGGUGAAAUUCCACACAGACUGGACAGACAUUGUGUUCCCAGCUCAGACGCUGAGUUGCCUGAGCAUAUUCAAACAGAAAAUACAGAAAUAAUUCCAACAUGUGGCACUUCAGAAAAUGAAAGUUCUGGUGUUGUUCAAGAUUGUAAAGAUAACUUACUAAUACAUAAUCUUGACAAUUCCCAAUUGGAUAAAUCCUUAGAAGAAAAGACAGACUCUCUGGUUGAACAUCCCAUUCAUGCAGAGUUACCUCACAAAGAGGUUGAACGGAGUGAGAAACAUUUCAGUGAAGAUAAUAAUGAAACAGUACCUAUGGAGUGCGAUUCCUUCUGUAGUGACCAGAAUGAGUCUGAAGUAGAGUCAUCAGCAAAUACUGACUCUAAACAAUUGAGUGAAAAUUCUGUGACGCACAGUUCUGACAACAAGCUGUCUUCUGAUCCUGUUAUUGAGAAGACUGAGAGUGUAGCUCAACCAGCUGAGAACCUAGUGGAUAAAGCCCCAAAGCCUCGAACUCGAAGAUCUAGAUUCCAUUCUCCAUCUACAACUUGGUCUCCCAAUAAAGAUGCUGCACAGGAAAAGAGGCGUGCUCAGUCUCCAUCUCCAAAAAGAGAGACUGCAACAGAAGGUAAGAAUUCUCAGUCACCAUCACCCAAGAGAGAGUCUGCCAGAGGACGGAGAAAAUCUCGUUCUCUCUCGCCGAAAAAAGAUGUAGCAAGAGAAAGGAGGCAGUCUCGGUCUCCAAAAAGAGAGAAUGCCAGGGAAGCUAAAAGGUCUGAGUCAGGCUCCCCAAGAAGAGAUACUUCUAGAGAGAACCAGAGGUCUCAGUCCAGAGUGAAAGAUUCUUCCUCAAGAGAAAAAUCUAGGUCCCGGAGCAGAGAAAGAGAGAGUGAUAGAGAGGCUCAGAGGAGAGAUCGAGACAGAGAGAGGAGAGCCAGAAGAUGGUCUCGGUCCAGAUCUCGCUCCCGAUCGCCAUCAAGAGGGAGAACAAAAAGUAAAAGUUCAUCAUUUGGUAGAAAUGAAAGAGAUAAUUACUCUCCUCGGUGGAAGGAAAGGUGGACAAAUGAUGGUUGGAGGUGUCCCAGAGGAAAUGACCGGUACCGGAGGAAUGAUUCAGAGAAACAGAAUGAAAAUACAAGAAAUGAAAAAAAUGACAUCACUGCAGAUACUAAUGAUCCAAGUUCCACAGACAAGCAUAGAAAUGACUGUCCCAGUUGGGUAACAGAAAAAAUAAACUCUGGGCCAGAUCCAAGGACCAGAAAUCCAGAAAAGUUAAAAGAUUCCCACUGGGAAGAAAAUAGAAAUGAAAAUUCAGGGAAUUCUUGGACUAAAAACUUCGGCUCAGGCUGGAUGCCCAGCCGUGGUCGAGGUAGCCGUGGGAAAGGUGCUUACAGAGGUAAUUUUGCCUGUAGUGACCAGAGUGAGAACAGGUGGCAAAGCCGUACACCCCUCUCAGGGAGCGACUCUUUCAAGUCUGUGGAGCAGCAGCCCUCUAAGCGGAAAAGUGAGCAAGAACUGUCCUUUGGCACGCCAGCAGACCGGUCAGGGUGGACGUCUGCAUCUAGUUGGGCAGUAAGAAAAACUCUGCCAGCAGAUGUGCAGAACUAUUACUCUCGGCGUGGCAGGAAUUCUUCAGGUCCACAGUCUGCGUGGAUGAGGCAGGAAGAGGAAACACCUGAGCAGGAUUCUAACUUAAAAGACCAAACAAACCAAGUUGAUGGUUCUCAGCUGCCUGUAAAUAUGAUGCAGCCACACAUGAGCGUAAUACAGCCUCCAGUGAAUGCCCAGCAUCAGCCAAUGGGUAUCUUCCCAUACCCAGUGGGUGUUCACGCUCCUAUGAUGAACAUGCAGCGGAACCCAUUUACCAUGCACCCUCCAAUGCCCCUGCAUCUCCACACAGGAGUACCUCUCAUGCAGGUAGCAGCCCCUGCAAGUAUACCUCAGGGACCGCCACCACCACCUCCUCCGCCGCCAUCCCAGCAGGUCAGCUACAUCGCAUCACAACCAGAUGGGAAACAAGUGCAGGGCCUUCCAAGUGCUUCUCAUGUAAGUAAUAACAUGAAUACACAAGUGUUGCCUGCUCCAUCAGCAGCCCCAGCAAACAUGGGAUCAAUUCAGGGACCAAGUUCUGGUAAUACUUCGUCAUCAAGUCACGUCCAAGCCUCUAACGCUGCUGUAAAAUUGGCAGAAAGCAAAAAAUUGCAAAUUCAAGAGAAAGCAGCACAGGAGGUGAAACUGGCUAUUAAGCCAUUUUAUCAGAAUAAAGACAUCACUAAGGAAGAGUACAAAGAGAUCGUGCGGAAGGCAGUGGACAAAGUUUGUCAUAGUAAGAGCGGAGAAGUCAAUUCUACUAAAGUGGCAAAUCUGGUUAAAGCAUACGUAGACAAGUACAAAUACUCACGGAAGGGAAGCCAGAAGAAAACUCUGGAAGAACCUGUGUCUACUGAAAAAAAUAUAGGCUGACAGGAGGAGCACUGUCAAGGACACUGUCAAGGACACUGUCGAGAUGUCUGUAAAGUGCAAUUCAGCGUGUACCUUACUGAGAUUAUACACAACUGUGAUGGAGAUCUGGUUUUGAUAAAAUUAUUUUUUUUAUUGUAGGAUAUGUUUUGUUCAAAAUACAGCUGUGCACUGCAACUUCUAUAUCUAACCCCAAACCCCAAUAAAACAAAUUCAAGGGAAAACCAAGGCUGUAAUGGAAUGUGCGUUUUUAUCAGGAGUAUGCUCUGAUGUGGGUACUGAAAGAUGGAUAGCUUUUUAGGAGAACAGUGGAAAACAUAAACCAGAAACUUGUAGAAGUGAUGGUUUUGGAAGAGAUGUCUCUAUCUCUGUAUAAUCUAUUCUGUCAGGCUGAAACAGUGUGAUGUCUAGGACCUCUUCUAACUGUAGACAGUUAAAUAGUGUAUAACUAUAAAUACAUCUGAUACUAACAGAACAUGCUAUAGUCCCAGAUACGUUUCUGUGAAGCACAUAUCUGAGUGAGUGGCUUAGAUACAAAGCAGAUCAUCACGAGUAGGAAUUAGCCUCAGACCUGCAGGUGCUCCUUGCCUUCUUACCACCAGAUAAAAGGCCACACUGUGUUGCUUUUGUGCUCUUCUCUCUUAAUCUAGGAAAACAGUUAGUGGUUUGAUUUGCUACAUUACAACUUUGCCAGUUCAAAGCUUUGUUGAAUUUAGAAGACUAAUUUGGGAAAAAGCCAGUGUUUGUUUUUUUUUUUUUUUUUUUUUUUAAAACUGUGUUCUUUCUGUAUACCUUCUACUUAUCAGUGAUGUUAAAUUAUUUGUGCCAACUAGAGAAAUGCUUCCUUUUUGGGGGACUAGCAUAGAAUACAAGACCUACUUCCCUGGCUUCAGGUUGCUGCUCCUCUGUCAUGGUGUCAUAGUGAAAUUCUUCUCACACGUAAGAAGUUCCCUAAUGGUUUACAGUGAAUAAAGUGUUAAUCUGUUGAGUGGUAGCCAUGCUGCAUACUUCUAGAUAUCCUAACUGUCUGACAGAAAAAAGGAAAAUUAAGUAAUGCUAUUUUUACAUAGGUAUAAGGGACUAGAGUCUUUUUGUGUUUUUUUUAAAGCAUUGAGAUAUGUUAAUAUGUUGAUGUUUAUGAAAAGUAGGUUCACAGUGCUUAUGGCACUGUUACUUUCAUUGACAUCUAGAAAGAAAAAUCUGUCUAUGAUAAACUUUGCAGUUACAAUUUUCAGUAGAUAUUAAAUAGCUGAGAUGCCGUCCCAGUAAUACGGUGAUGGAUCAGGAUAAACUCAGUGAGGCCUUCAAUUCUCCAACUAGGACAGCAGUCUCUGUGAGACUGUCCUUUCCUAGUGUACAGGCAAAACUGGCUCUCAGUUCUACAUAAUGCUUUCCAUCUAGCUUUGAAAGGAAGGCUAAUUUUGAGAUUUUAGCCCAUAGUGAGUACACUAGGAAUAAGCUUUGUUAGGUUAUGGUUACAGUCCUGAGACAUUUCUAAAAGGUUUUGAUCUUCAUUUCUACAUUUCUGGGCAUUAAUGAUGUAACAUUUUACAUUUUUACUUAAAGUUUGUGUUUAGAUUAUGAUGGCAGAAGAAGUUUGGAAGACAGUUCCAAUCACCAGUGGCAUGCCGUGUUCUUUCAGUUCAGGGUCCCUGGACAGUGGUGCAAACUUCUGCUCCUGCUUGGAAAUUUGUGUGGCAGCGCUGUCUGUCCUCAUUGGUGAUGCAGCACAUGCUCUCCCUGCAUUGUUCUACUGACACCUGGGGUUAAAUAGCAACUUAAGUUUUGUUUUAUACCAUUUAGCUCUUGCAAAACAUGUUUUAAAGUAUAGGAGAAAAGUAGAUGAUUUGUGCAGUACUAAGGUCCCAUGCUUUGGUAGAGCGCCACUAUUGUUGAAAUUAAACAGGUGUGUGUUCUGUAUCUGGUAGGGCACUUCAGAAUGGUUAUUCAGAAUAGUUAGCUAUUCAGAAUAGCUUAUUAUUUCUAAUAUAUUCUAACACUAGAAUAUAUUCUGACUGGAUUAGAAAUAUAUUAGAAAUAUAUUCAGGCUGAAGUAGAAAAUGCAUGCUUUGUGUUAAAAAAUAGCAUUACUUUUGCAUUCUUGGGCUCUCUUUUUCUCUCUCAGAAAUCCACAUUUGUUUUGCACGUAUAUGACUUAACACAGUUUGGGGGAUUGCAGGUUCCUCUUGGUCGUUACUCAGUAUUGACUUGGCCUUUGGAGCUGUGGACUCUAACUUGGUAGUCACAUUGAUCCAUGUGUCAGGCUGUAGAAAUGCCAGUAGUAUGCACUCAUCAUUUAACAUUCCAAAGGUUUUGUGAUUGUUUGUUGCUAUUCUGGUAACAACCGCUAUAUCUUCUCCACUAUCUGCCUUCAAAUGGCCAUGGUGUGUUCUGCUGACCAUUCCACCCAGAGACAGGGCUUCAAGCACAGUGGCUGCCCUGAGUUUGAGACAGUAUGACUUGCAGUGUUGUCUGCUGAAACACUCUAAAGCCAGAUUGUGGUCUGUAAUAUAUUCUAAUACUUUUUUUUUUUUUUUUGCUAAACAAAGUAGAGUCUUUAAAAUUUUAUUAAGUUUUCUGGGAAAUGAUGACUUUUAUAUCAACUUAAACCAUUUCCAAUGUGUUGAAUUAUUUCUUGGAUUUUUACCAAAGUAAUGAGCAUCAUGAUUACAUUAAUAUCUAGGCAAUAAAAAAAGGUCAGAGUUAGCUAUAAACAUAUAUUUUAAUAGUUUUCCUAAUUAAUCACUGUAGGAAAUUUAAAACAUUGAGUAAUUUCUAAAGAUGGAAGAGACUGGAAAGCAAAAGAAAAAAGUUAUCUGUAAUUCUACCAAAGUUAACUUCUUCCAAGCCUGGCUUCAAUGCACAUUAUAUGUUAUGACCUAUUCUUUUCAAUUAAUGUAUUGAGAAUAUUCCAUUUUAAUAAAAAUUCAUUUGACAGCA